AUGAUUUCAGAAGAAGCAUUGGUUCUCAUGGAUGAUGGUAGAGGUCCACACACAAGGAGUACUUUGGCUAGUUCUUAUAUUGCUCACUCUAAUGUAAGACACAUUGGUGGGGUUGCUAUGAGGGAUAACACCUCAGUACUGCCAUUUUGUUUCCCUUCACUAAAUCAAGUAGGACAACAUAACAAUAUAGGGAGCAGGUUAGGUCAAUCUAACCAUAACCAUUUGAUUAAUGCAAACAAUAUGAGGCAAUCCUUUCUACCAAUACCUUAUAUACAAGCUCCAAAUGCUAAUGGAAGUUCAUUGCAAAGGUAUCACCAUGACACAAUUGGCAAUCUAAAUGACACUUUAUAUUCUAGUCCUCCUCGUCCCACCCUACAACACAAUAAUUACAACCCUCCAACAUUUGCUACUAAUGAAGUUCCACCAAAUCCUCUACCUGGUGUCGUGAUCGCUCCACAGACGGGCCUUCAGAUUUUACAACCACAUGGAGUCAUACCUGAGAUAACGCUCAGAAAUCGAAGUGUUAACCCCUCCAGCUUCAUCUUUAUUGAUGAAAGUGAUUUAAUUGAUGAAGAUGAAAAUCUGGUUGAUGAACAUCAAGAUAUGCGCUUGGACAUUGAUAACAUGUCUUAUGAGGAACUUGUUGCAUUGGGUGAGAGGAUUGGCAAUGUAAGCACUAGUUUACCAGAGAAAACAAUUGAAAGUCAACUUAAGACAAAAUUAUAUUCACCUUAUGACAGUCAAGAAAUCGAUGCUUGCAUGAUAUGCCAGGAAGAAUUUAAGAUUCAAGAGAAGAUUGGAAUUCUUCAAUGCAAGCAUGGAUAUCACGUUGACUGCAUAAUAAAAUGGCUGAUGAUAAAAAAUAUUUGCCCUAUUUGCAAAUUAGAAGCUUUAACGGAUGGAGAGAAGAAUAAAUCCCAUGGAAUCUAUGAUUUCUUCAUGCAUGCAUAUCAUUUUAUUCGUGCCUGUUUCCUUCCUGAAUAA